GAACCUCAACCUAACAUUACCUAAGGUAGGUAAGGUAGGUAAGGUAAGAGCGCUCCAGUGGCAACUGCGCGCUUCCAUGCGCGGGGCGGAGUGGAGUAGACGUCGUCAAGCCGUGGGGCUUUUAUCGGUUGACGAUUGACGUCUGCCAAAGAAGCAUCAUCCACGGUCUCGCUGACCUACAACGCCAGCCAUCAGCAACAGUCGGCGAGGCCUUAGGGCGACUCGUCUGCGCUCCCCUCCCCCCCUCUCUCCUUCUGUCGCGUUUCAGCACCUACAUCUUUUACCAUCUGGUCCUCUGUCUUCGGAUCGACAGCUCUUGUUCGGAUCAUAGUUCCGCGUCUCUAGUCCCCAACGCCACAUUUACCUACCCAAUUGCUCACGCACCGGUGGUAUCAACUCGGCCUGCUACGUCUCAUUCUGAGCUCCCUAUGAUAUAACACAUCCGCGCCCUUUCAAUAUACCCUCGUACCCUUCCCGCCCCGCCAUAGACGUCGUCGAACUUCCAUGCGCUGCCAGACACGGCAUCAUCUCGUUCAACCCCGGGAACUCGGCACCUCUUCAACAUGGCGGUUGUAGACGAGCCGUCCGAGGAAGCCAUUUCCCUCUUCUGCGACAUUACCGGCCUACCUCGAACCGAAGCCAUAACUCGCCUGAAGGUAAACAACAACGAUAUACAGCGAGCCUCAGAGGAGUAUUUUGAGGAUCCAGACCGCCGAAAGUACAAAUGGGACGAGUCGCAGUUCAGCAUGGGCCGACAAGGCGAGGCCGGUGAUGAGGGAAUCUCCUUCAAUGUCCAAGGGCCCGACGAGCUUCCGCCUACCGACUACCAAAACACUGCAGCUCCUACUAGACCGCCAUCGAGGGUCAACAACCGAUCUCCUUUUGGUGCACCCACCAAUGCUGCAGAGGAAGAUGCCCAUCUGAAGCGGGCGCUAGCCGAGUCUGCGGCAGAGUCCGGAAUCCCACCGCCCCAGGAAGUUGGCAUCAUCACCGACGAGUCGAAUCCCAAGUACUUUGGCCCAGCGAACCGAUCCGAGUAUGAGACAGAACAAUGGGCCAUGGUCCCAACCAAGGCAACCGUCGAUACCGCAAAGGCCGAACCGAGUCCGUCUCAGAGGAAGCGAGAUCCCAACGCUCCCGCUUUUCUUUGUCAGACAAAAGAUCACAGGGUCGGCGCUAUCCUAUCUAUUUACCACAAGAUACCACUUGUCAGGAAUAUCCUCCUCCAAUGCGGUCGGCCGGCCCAUAACUAUGGACACAAUUCGGAAUGGUGGAAGGGCCAACCCAUUCUUGCGCACGAACACCUGGCGGCUAUGAAGAGGGGAGAUCUGCUCUGGGGCGACGACGCCCAUCCCGAAUUCGCCGAGGAAUUACACCGUCUGAUGGCCUUCUUAGAUAAUACGGAGAGAAGCUACGGGACCGUCGAUACUCUCGUCGAGACUAAGGCGGUCGAUCCUAAUUACGGCGCCUGGGUGGCCGACGUCGAAGACGCGCUCUUUGACGCGAUCAAAGAAGGAGCCAACGAAAAUCCCGCCUGCGACCUGGCCCCUAUGACGACUAUGGGUGCAGUUGUUUCCUGUGACGAGCCUCACGCUAGUGAAUCUCGGACUGAAGGGGGUCGCAAUGCCGAUAGUUGGGGCGACGAUGAACAGGAUAAUGAACAAGACAACCCCUUCAUUUUCCUAGAUAUCCAAUUAGAGGAAGAGCACUACGAGCUCGUGAAGACGUUGUACGAUGCUUUGGAUCACCUCUUCUGGUCGCACGCGUUAUCACUCGACCAUUCGUUCCCAGAGAAUGCCAAAUUUGCCGUCCUAUCUAAGCCCCCCGAAGUGAUCACGAUUCGACUAGGUAGUUCCGGUCUGGUCGGACCCUGCGAGAUACCACCCGUGCUCUACGCGGAUCGGUACAUGAGCGACCGGAAGCACACCGCGUUGCAUCUCCAGAAACAGCUACGCGCGCUCAAGUCGAUGCAGCGUUUAUGCUGGGCGGCGAUGGAGCUGAAACGACGGUGCCGCGCUGGCGAUUCGUGCGUUAAGCUGCAUGGUCUGGGGCACCCACACGACAACAUCCUUUGCUACUGCGCAAUUAUCGAAUUCUGCAAACAAGGGAUGCAACGUCAAGUCCGGACGGCGCAAUGGCGUUAUUUUUUCGAGCCAUUGGAGAGGGGUGUCGAUAUCAGCCUUACCGACCUCGAAAGCAUCCAGGCGUGGAGCGGGCCCUACACUCUCGAAGCUGACGAGGAAGCAAGGAUGGAGACGUUCAAAAGAAUUAUAGACGGGAGUGAGAGGGAGAUGGAAAAGGUGCUAAAGGAUAUGCAGGAGCUCGACGAGGAGUCGGAGGAGUAUAUCGAGAUGAUGGACGUGGUCCGAAAGCGUCUUACAUGCCAGGAGCACGAGGUGGAUGACGUGUUCGUUUCUCGGUCAACGCCUCAAUAUCGACCCGAAUACUGGAACCCAACACGGAAAUACUCUUUACGUGGCGUUGCCCUUUCGCGUGAAUUAGCAUAUGUGUCUGUCAGGGAAGAGGUCGAAUUGAUGGACAUCGAUGCGGGGGAGCCUAUGUCCAAAGAUCAAUGGUGGAAGAUUGGAUACGCUGCGAGCGACGCCUCUCCGGUCAAAACUGAGAGGGUGACGCUGGAACACGUACUCUGCGAAGCCGAGACGGGAUCCAAAUUCCCCAUCCUCAUCUACGCCUCGGAAGCCGCUAUGGAGGCGAAACCUAUUCCGCUCUCAGACGCCUUACGUAUGUUUGUGCGGGCGGAUAAUCGCUCGUUCCAGCAAGAGCUCGCCCAAGAGCAGCAAAAUCAAGAACCUAACCCGCCACAGCCACAGGACCCGGCCCCGUCGGGCGUCACGGUCGGGAAUCUAUCGUACAUAGCCGUCAGCUCUCCGAGCAAAAGAAAGCACAGCAUUGGCUCAUCGGUGGCAACCGGUGGCAGCUCUCGCGACGACCUCAACGAUGUAGAUUUGACAUUUGACGACCACGACCGGUUUCCAGAUCAGCACAUACCCGACGCCCAUUACCAGACACCCCCCGACGCCAGCGUGCAGUCCACCAAACCGUUAGGCGGCAUCGUCGAAUCCUUGGCGAAGUGCCAAACCGGAGAGGCAGAGUCGAGAGCGGAAUACGGUGGCCAGGAGGGCAUAGGGGCUUUCACGUCCAACCCUCCGGCCCUUAUAAAGUCGCCCGAGAUGCAGGAGCGCGUCGGCGGCUCCACGCCAUUCCUCGCGCGGCCUGGCCCUACGACCCAGAGUGGGCCGGUAGAUAUGAUGGACAUCGAUAUGGAAGUCGACUCGCACGAGGGGUGAUGACAAGACAGGCCGGGCAAGAUAUCUUGGCGAUUCUGUGAAUUUUCAAUAGGGGGGAUAGAAGCUGGACCGACGCGUGCGUACUUAAAAAGACGUGCCUAGCUUGAUCUUUGCUUUCGGGAUACCUAUGUCUGCUACUAGAGGCUACGCACUGUACACUACUCGCUCUUCGGGAUGACAUGAUGAUACCCACGGCAGGAUGCCUAGUAAUAAAAAGAGUCGGACCGACAUUCCACAAGAUGCAACACGAGCUCCGAUGAGGUAGAGGAGUUGAGCUCUUACCAGUCGAUAGUAGUAGCAUGAGAGGGGUUUUCUGGGAGCUAGAAGAUGCCCAUCGGGAUGGGCUAAGUUUCGCGGUUCAACCGCGGGACAUCCAAUCGGUUCUAGCGCUACUCCCUUCAGGCGAACCAUACCUGUAUUAUAGCAUCAUAGGUGUAGACCGAGUUACUGCGGGCUACGGACCAUAGUGAGUUAUUCCCGAAGCUCGGACGGCUGUUCGAUUCUACGAGUGAGGAGGAGAAGGCAAAAAGAAGAAGAGGUAGAAGAAGAAGAGGGGGGUCUCCGGCGUAAAGUAUGACGGGCGUAGCUUCGAGAACAUUCUUGGUGAUGGCUAUACAGUUAAGCCGCUGAAAAGAGAGGGGGCGGGGUUACCGGAGGCAGAAGAAGAGGAACAGGGAACAGGGCAGGGGUUACGGACAUCCGCAAAGACACGGGUAGGUAUGUGCACACGUG